GCCCGCGGCCUUGGAGCAGCCCGCCCUCCCCCCUCGGGAGCUGCAGGACCAGCGGCCGCGACCCUCCAGCAACGCGACCUCGACCCGCGACUCCACACCAGCUUGUCCAGCGUUCCCUUGUUUCCCACCCAUAUCGCGUCGUCGCUCCUUUAACCCUGUCGUGCUCUUGUUUCUACCGCCUAUCCCCCCGUACAGUCCCUUUUGACUGCCGGCCCACUGCUACUAUUGCAUACGCCGCACUCGCUUGGUUGCUCCUCCUUGCUUGAUCGUCUCUUUUCCCACCCCCGUUUCCAGAGCGUGCUUGUACGUACUUGCAAUUGCCUGCCCCUGGUUGGCAUUCCGGUCCCCUCGUCAUCCCGUAUAGUAUCCAGAUCUGCCAGAUUCAGGGCCUCUGCCGGCUUUGCCAUCCGCCCUGUCUCAGCCCCUGCGAGCCGCUCGAUGAAACGACAAGACCGCGCCGCCCUUUCUUCUGGCCUGCCGACUGGCCACUUGCACUUCGAGAACCGUCAUUGACGUCGAGCCUGCCGACCAGUAUACGUGCUGUAAUACACAUCGCCCUGAAGCGGACGGCUGGGUCCCCUGGUGGAGGAUAGUGUGGGCUGUGUCCGCGUGUGGCCCCGACUUGACCCUUUGCCCUGACACACGUCCGGCUCGUUCGAGAAGCGCGCGGCCCUGCGCCCUGCUCCGGCAUACCGCAUUCCAGCCCCGACCACCCCUCGAUCCGUCCCUCGGCCCUCCCGAUGACGGCAAUGGUCUUGAGCGGGAAAGACGACGACGAUGACCACCAUGCCGCGCAAUCCUCCCCGCCGGAAAACUUGGAACCCAGCACGGCAGCCGUGGACAUCGCGGCCAUCACGAACACCGCGGACGUUACGGACACGGCGGACGAGACGGGAGCCGAGACGCCCAAGAUGGCUCACGACUCCAUGGUAACCGUGAGGCUCUCGGAGCCGCCCUCGCUCACCCUCGAUACGACACCGGCCGGCCGAGAUUCUGCCUUGCCGCGGGGCAGCGAUGGCGAGCUCCUCGACGCGAGCAGCGACAGGACCAGCGGAUUUUCCGUGGCGCAACGAGACUCGUUCGUAACCGUAUCGUCUACCGACGCGAGCAGCCGCAGCCUGCAAGAUGAAUUAGGGGACUACGCUGUCCAUGGUGGCCCUGAAAGUGAGGAUGAUCUGGAGGAGGUGGAUUGGGAACAGCUGGAAAAGACAGAGGAUGAGCAGGUCAAGGAUGACGAGACUGACAAUUCGACGGCACUGCUCCUGGCGCGGCUGGAACAAGAGAAUGCAAAGUUGGCUACUAACCCAAAGAGUGUCAAGGUCCAGGCUGUUGAGCGACAGACUGCCAGCAGACCCCGACCGCCGUCGAUGGCUCAACUACGCCAGAUGGUCCAUGGCCCGACGCCUCCCGCCCUCAGGUACUCGAUGCUCCCACCCCCUCCCAUGACGGACCUCGAGUUCUAUGCCGCUCUGGUCAAGGACUACCAACAGACGGCCGCACGCUUGCCAACCCUCUUGUCGAACAAGAUCCGCAAGGGCAUCCCGCCGCCCCUCCGUGGCGUCGUCUGGCAGAGCAUGUCUGGCGCCCGCGAUUCGGUCCUCGAGGAGCAAUACGAGCGUUUCUGCGGCGAGUCCAGCCCUUAUGAGCCCCUCAUCGGCAAGGAUCUGGGCAGAAGCUUUCCGGGCGUCGACAUGUUCCGCGACUCGGAAGGAGACGGGCAGCGCAUGCUUGGUCGUGUCCUCAAGUCUUUUAGUCUGUAUGACACCAAAAUCGGCUACUGCCAAGGCCUCGCAUUCCUGGUUGGGCCGUUGUUGAUGCACAUGCCCGAUAAACAAGCAUUUUGCGUUCUGGUUCGGUUGAUGGAGCGAUAUGACUUGCGCGCGUGCUUUCUGCCGGACCUCUCUGGGCUGCAUGUCCGCAUCUAUCAAUUUCGCCAGCUGCUCCGGCAAAGCCUACCCACGUUGUCGGCUCACCUGGAAGAGCUUCAGGUGGAGACUGCCUACGUCUCGCAGUGGUUCCUCAGCUUCUUCGCAGUCACAUGCCCAUUACCCAUGCUAUUUCGCAUCUACGACGUCAUCUUCGCCGAGGGCGCUUCCGAGACCCUAAUGAGAGUCGCCCUCUCCCUAAUGAGGAAGAAUGAAGAACGACUGCUUGCUUGCACGGAGCUCGAGGAUGUUAUGCAGCUGCUUCUUUCUCGGGGUUUGUGGGACUGCUACCACUACGACGCCGACGAAUUCGUCCAGGACUUUGUCGGCCUCACAGCCAUCGUGUCCAGGGAGAGGCUCUCGCAGCUGGAGCAGGGCUACAGGGAGUCUCUAGUUGCGACGGCCAACACGGCGCGAGCCUCGGACAUCACCACCGCUGCAAGCCGCUUCCUCGGCCGGAUAUGGGCAUCGUCAGCGGGGACCAAGCAUGCCACGCUCGCCCCCGGACUCACCGCCCCGUCACGGCCGUUGAGCAUGCUGCGGCGCAGUGCAUCAAAGCAGAGCAUAGCGUCGACGCUGAACUCGAUCGAGGCCAGCUCGGCGAGCGUCGCGAGCUCGUCCCUGACGGACGCCACCACCGUCUCACGCGCGUCCUCGAACGCCGAGGACGAACCAUCGAGCCGCGAGUCGACGCCUGUCGGGCCCAAGCUGGCGCCAGGCGCCGCCAAGUCCGCCGACGAAAGAUACUUGCAUAGCCAGAUUGAGGAUCUGUUGACGGCCCUGAGCGAGCUGCAGCGGAACCAUACCCUCCAGACCAACCAGCUUCAGUGGGAGCGAGAGGAGCGAGAAGAGGACCGUAAGGCGGUCCGGUUGUUGCUUGACGGGCUGCGCAAGAAGGCAACGAGCCAGGAUGCAUCGGCGGACGAAGAGGGAGCAGACGAUAUCGCAACCGACUCCAUGGCGGCUCCAGAGCCGGCGCCCGAGUCACCUCCUACCGACACGUGUGCGCCGUCGGCCGAGGACCUCUCAGAGCUGCUUGACAGGGUAGAUACGCGCUUUGGAAACGAGGACAAGAAGCACCGUUCCUCACUAGCGCAGUCCAAGUCGCAGCUCAGAGAGGAGCUACUGACGGUCAAAGACCAGCUGGUCAGCGCAAUGUCCUUGUCUCAGGAACUUAAUCGCCGAAUCUACGACAUGGGCCAAGAGAUAACGUCUUUGAAAGAGCAGUUGCGAGAGCGGCAUGGGCAUGUGCGAACGCUCCAUCAGGAUAAGCAAAGGCUGGAGAAGCAAAUCCACGGCCUUCGCACCAGGGUGUCAGCGGGAUCAGCGAUUGAGCCCAGUCGAGACACGACGGAAUCGGAGUGGACGCUCAAGAGCAGCAGCAGUGGUGGGCUGAGAGAAUUCAAACUUGGACGCAGCGUGUCGACGCCGUCGAAUGGCCCCGAGUACAACAAGCGGGCAUCGUCGCUGCCGCAGCCGCACGAGCCUGUGGUGUCAUCCGCCGCGUCGACUGGGACCAAGACGCCGCCCAACGAGCACGAAGCGCUACUGCUGGAGCUCGUUCAGGCCAAGACGGCCGAGGCAACAGCGAAGCAAGAAGCAGAGGAGGCGAAACAGAAGCUGGAGGCUCUCCGCAAGGCCUGCGGAAUACCCCCAGGAGAAUCCCCAGGGGCUUCGACGGCCGCCUCGGGGAACCCAACCCUCGCCAUGGGGGUGUUUGGGCGGCUUACUGGACAUGCGCCGACGCCAUCGUCGGAUCAAAGCAGCAAGCCGCCAGGAUCAACGUCGGGUACUGCUCUUGCCGGCGGCGGGUUCUGGGGUUGGCGACGGUGAGCUGCGAGAAUGGACUCGUGACGCGUUGGGUUCAGAGGCUUGCAUCUAUGUGUACGAGACGGGAGUUUUUACUUUAUGUGGCGGCCGUCUUGGCCGUCGUGCAUGGAGUGCGCCGGCUCACGUCAGGACGCUCAACUGCAGAGUCAGGGGGCCUCAAGGAGAGCGAGCGUAUUGCGCAUCUUGGGACCGUGCGCCGUCCGCGCCGGUCCACGUUUCUUUUUCUUCUUUAUUUUUCUUUCUGCGGGCAUUAUACCAAUACUUAGAAUGUCAUAAGCCAACACGCAGGGGAUGCUAGGUAGUGGACGUGGGAGGAAGAGGGCGGCUCGACUUAGCACGGAGUUUUGUGGGCAGCUGCUAGGACACGUAUGCAGUGGACGGGCUGUCUUUGACGGCCCUUGAUAUCUCUCGGUCUGUGGGCGGGCACGUCGUGAUUGUAUGAUUUGUGUGAUUGCGCGACCACUGUUGAAGACUAACAUGGCAGCGGCGUACGGAGUUUGCGGGAACGUAGACCGCACGCCACACGCACGCACUGGGGGAUCUGUCCGGCCGCCCGCUCCACCACCCCCUGCCAGGGGCUUGCAUAGGGAGCACGCGCGCGUGGUCCCCCCCCCCC